AUGCAGGGUAGACCAUUUGACUUAUACGAACAAGGCCACAAUGACGUACCAACGGAUCAUUCAGUGACCAACUUCUCAAUACCUGGUGGAAUAAUACCACAGUACGAUGAUGAAUUUAAUCCACCAAAAUUAGGAAAACGCGCGACUGGCUACGUCUGGCAACAAUCUCCGACAGUCGCGGAGAUGAAAUUCCUUUCGCAGCCUCCAGGCACUCGAAUUUGGAAUUUGGUGGACUUCGCAUUCUCAGAUUACGCUGGCUCGGGCAUUACCAUCUAUGUUCACGACUCUGGCAUCAAUACUGAACACGAGGAGUUUACAAGAGCUCCACCCCCCGGCGUCGUGAAGGGUAAAGUUGAGUGGCUUUAUCCAGAGCGGCACGGGCUCAGAAAAUUCGAAAAGAAGAAGGGACAACCGACAACAGAUCCUGAUGGCCAUGGAACAUGCGCGGCAGACAAAGCUAUGGGUCAGAACUACGGUGCAGCUAAAGGUGCCAGUCUAAAGAUGGUUCCUUGGGUUGAUCUUCAAGAUCAUGACUGGAUGUUGGGUGGACUGGAAGCCAUUGUCAAAGAUAUUGAGAAGCAAAAGCAAGCUUCCAACGGGGCAUUCUUUCCGGUUGUCUCGUUAAGUUACAGCCUCGGAACCCUAAGUCAAUCGAAUCGCCGCAAGUAUAGGUUGUAUUACAAGCAAAUGGUGGACCUUGGUGCUGUGAUAGUGGUUGCUGCGGGUAAUGAUAAACAGCGAGGCCGCGAAAAUGUUGAUCAGCUUCCGGGUUUAUUUGCACAGGAGGACGAUUUCGCAGACAGUAUGGUGGUCGUUGGCUCUGUGGAUAUCGACGGUUAUCCAUCCCGAUUCUCACAGGGUGGCCCGUUGGUCCAUGUCUGGGCCCCCGGAACUGUCAACAGCAAUGACCCCAAGCUCUGGGGUGUUGAAUGCGCCUUGCCCACCGGUACAACUGGAUACACUCGCAAGGAGGGUACGUCGUUCGCAGCUCCGACUGUGGCUGGUGUUGCAGCCUACUUGCUUUCUGUUUAUCCAGAGCUUCGCGUUUCGGGUUCGUCAGGCAAAUUGGUGGCCGCAAGAUUGAAGAGAAACGCAUAUGUACGGAUGAAUCUGCAGGGUGGAAAGCCUGGCGUGUGGAACGAGGAAUACGGAGAUACUUCCUGUUAG